AUGUACAACUACACAAGAUGCAGGUUGUUGUCGUCAUCAGGCAGGUUGUUGUCGUCAUCAGGCAGGUUGUUGUCGUCAUCAGGCAGGUUGUUGUCGUCAUCAGGCAGGUUGUUGUCGUCAUCAGGCAGGUUGUUGUCGUCAUCAGGCAGGUUGUUGUCGUCAUCAGGCAGGUUGUUGUCGUCAUCAGGCAGGUUGUUGUCGUCAUCAGGCAGGUUGUUGUCGUCGUCAGGCAGGUUGUUGUCGUCGUCAGGCAGGUUGUUGUCGUCGUCAGGCAGGUUGUUGUCGUCGUCAGGCAGGUUGUUGUCGUCGUCAGGCAGGUUGUUGUCGUCGUCAGGCAGGUUGUUGUCGUCGUCAGGCAGGUUGUUGUCGUCGUCAGGCAGGUUGUUGUCGUCGUCAGGCAGGUUGUUGUCGUCGUCAGGCAGGUUGUUGUUGUCGUCGUCAGGCAGGUUGUUGUCGUCGUCAGGCAGGUUGUUGUCGUCAUCAGGCAGGUUGUUGUCGUCAUCAGGCAGGUUGUUAUCAGGCAGGUUGUUAUCGUCAGGCAGGUUGUUGUCGUCAGGCAGGUUGUUGUCGUCAGGCAGGUUGUUGUCGUCAGGCAGGUUGUUGUCGUCAGGCAGGUUGUUGUCGUCAGGCAGGUUGUUGUCGUCAGGCAGGUUGUCGUCGUCAGGCAGGUUGUCGUCGUCAGGCAGGUUGUCGUCGUCAGGCAGGUUGUCGUCGUCAGGCAGGUUGUCGUCGUCAGGCAGGUUGUCGUCGUCAGGCAGGUUGUCGUCGUCAGGCAGGUUGUCGUCGUCAGGCAGGUUGUCGUCGUCAGGCAGGUUGUCGUCGUCAGGCAGGUUGUCGUCGUCAGGCAGGUUGUCGUCGUCAGGCAGGUUGUUGUCGUCGUCGUCAGGCAGGUUGUUGUCGUCGUCAGGCAGGUGUGGCUGUCGACUUUACGUUUUGACUUUUUAAUUUGGGCUUUUAACUAGUGAUUUCCUGACCGUAAUGUAGAGUCUCGUACAGGGUCUUUUUCAAUCCCAAAAUAAUUUCUCUCUCCGUCACCAUGCAAGUCUUUAGUAGACUUAUAGUGUUACGUCAGUGGAGGAAGGUC